AUGGGAGCGAGAGUAGGGGGGAGAGAGCAAGUGGGUAGAGAGACAGAGAGUGAGUGGGGAGAGAGUGUAAGUGGGGAGAGUGGAGUGGGUGAGGAGAGUAUGAAUGAGGAGGGAAGAGAGAGAGAGACGGUUUUGUUUACUUCUGGGGACGGACCUUGUGGAGACUGGGUCUCCCUCCUGGACUCCUGUUACUUGUUUUCCGAGUUCACAAAUACGUGGAGUGAAGCAGUGGCAGUUUGUAAAGCAUUUGAAGCUGACUUGGUUUCUAUAGAGUCAAACGACGAGAAUCUAUUGAUCGAUGGCUACUUACAAACCAAGCAUCCACACGAUAACGACAAAGUAGCUGCAGAUUAUUGGAUUGGUGGAAAUGACAUCGAGGCUGAGGGUAACUUUAAAUGGAUAGGAUCGGAGCAGCCCUUUACUUUUACCUACUGGAUGACUGGUCAACCUGAUCCGGCGGAGCAGGAUUGUGUUGAAAUCCGGGGAGUUAGCAAUUUCCGCUGGCAUGACGAAACAUGCACCCAUCAGCACCGCUUUAUUUGCGAGAAACCGAUUGGUUCUCCCCCAGAUAUUGAUGUCAUCGGUUGAAACUUCUUAACAUUAUAAUAAUGUAUAAUUAUAGUGCUUUGAA